GAAUUACUGAAAUAAAUGAACUUUUCCACGACAUUCUAAUUUAUUGAGAUGCACCUGUAUAAAUUACAAUAUAUAAGUUUUAUGAAGUUGUUUUGUAAGGGACAGUUUUUGCUAAUAAUUUCAGGGAAGGACAGAGAUGAGACACUGUUACUAAUGGUAGGGGAAGAAAUUGAGAUUGAGUAGAGGAAAGUCAGGAUCAAGAAGACAGAGAAGAUUAUGAGCAUGAGGCAGAUAUAGAACCAUUACUUGGUGAUGAUCCUCUUGCAAAUGUCACAAAAAAAGAGUGAUAUUCAGUGGUGUCACACCCCCUUUACCCCAGUAGAGACAAUGUGGGAAAGUCCUAGCACUGACCACCCCUGAGCCACUAACACCAAAUGGCUACUUCAAGCAGUAUGCUCCCAGUCAGAUGUUUGAGCUGAUAUAUAUGCAGAACUUAAGGGAUUCAAGGGGUUUAAACAUGCCUGAGCUUCUGGGAUUGAAGUCCUUGUCAGUCUACAUGUGGCAAUGGGAGUGCUUGGUUUACCAAGAGUGAGAAUGUACUGGCCCUCCAAAAUCAAUAUUGGGAUUUUCAGGAAUACCAUGUCUCGAGAUCUUUUUUUUCUCUCCGCUCCAACCUGCAUGUUGUGAACAACUAUGAGAGGCCUCCUGGAGACACUGAUGGAGAUACUGACUUCAAGGUCAGAUCACUCUAUGAGUCCAUAAUGAAACGCUGUCUGCAGCUACAACUGGAGGAAGAUCUCUGUAUUGAUGAGCAGAUUGUGCCUUUUAGGGUAAAACUCUCUGUGCUCCAGUAUGAAAAAGGGAAACCUUCACCAUGGGAAGUUAAGGUGUAUUUCCUCUGUGGCAAAAGUGGGCAUGCUUAUGAUUUCCUCAUCUAUCAAGGUGCCACAACAGAGCUUUCUGAGCUAAGCAAAAAUGUUUUAGGGCAUGGAGCUUCUGUUGUCACCCACCUGUGCCAGAGAAUCCAGGCUCCCAACCACAAGCUCUUUUUUGACAGCUUCUUCACCACCUAAAAUGUCCUUGAAGUUCUUGCAGAAGAGAAAAUUCAUGCUGCUGGAACAGCAAGGGUUUGCUGCUUUGCAAAGCCCCCACUGAAGACAGACAAGGAAAUGUCAAAGAAAGGGCAGGGGAACAUGAAGUUAGGAGUAGGGAUGGAAAGGUUGUUCUAGUAAAGUGGUUUGAUAACUGCUCUGUUGUGCUGGCCUCCAGCUUUGUUGGUGUUGGAGAUGAAGUUGAGAGUUGGGAGCAGAAAGAGGGGCGGUUUGUGAAGGUCAAGCAUCUAGAGGUUGUGAAGAAAUACAACGAGAGCUUGAUCAACUAAUCCGCCUUUACAGAAUUGAUAUCAGGUCCCGCAAAUGGCCACUGCGCAUGAUUACUCAUGCCUUUGAUGUUGCUAGUGAACAGCUGGCUUGAGUAUCGCAGAGACAAUGAAAGCAAGGGAACUCAGCCACAGAAAAUCAUGGAUCUCCUUGAAUUCAAAAUGAAUGUAGCCGAAGCGCUCGUGUGUGUUGGGAAGCCACAUGCUUCAAAACAAUGAGGGAGGCCUAGCAGUUUUAACAUAGCUAGUCCAUGUACCAGUCCAACUCCACAUGAUGUAGCUGGACAAAAGAGAGGAGCAAUGGAACGGCGGACAAUUCUUCAAGUCCUAACUGAUAUUGUGGACCACAUGCCAAAUUAUGAUGCAAAAAAAGAAGCAACAAGAUGCAAAUUGAUAGUUUGUUCUGGAAAAACAUGUCUUCUGUGUUAAGUGUAAGGUGCACUACUGCUUUGUGUCACAGAGAAACCGUUUCAAAGAUGCACACAGAAAAUGACUCUAAAGUGACUGUAUUGAUUGAUUCUCAAGAUGUUUAGUUUGUUAUAAAUGAAUGUACAAAAAUUAAAGUUGAAAUAUUAUACUGGUCAAGUUUGUGACCUAAAAAGAGAAGAAAUUUAAGUAUAAACCAACAGCUUGUAUAUUUAUGCUUUUAUUUGAUGUUGGUAUAUUGUUUGCGAAGUACCUGACAUCCACUGAAAUGGACAAAAAAAAAAAAAAUGACAAUUAAAGAGUGUUGACAUUUUUAUUAUUAUUAUUUGGUCUAAUUUAUGGAUGCCUGAUGAAUUGGGGAAAUGUAUUUCUAUAGUUUUCUUAAACUUUGAUCAAAAUUAAGGUCUGAAGGGGCUAAAAUCUACACAAAUUCAAAUGAGCAUUCAUAUUAUUAGACUGCACAAUUAGAUACUGUAUGCAUUUACUAGUUGGAUUUUUAUAUUUCUGAUGCCAUACACAGUAAAUAAGAAAGGUAAUUUAAAAAGAAUUAGUAUUUUGACUCUGUGAUGACAAUUAGCCUCCCUUACAAAAAAUCUAGAGUUCUGGCAAACCAGCUGCAACCUUGCACACAAACAAAGAUUUUUAGAAGAAUAUCUCGGCUCUGUAGAUCCAUAUAUUGCAAGUGAACGGUGGCCAGAACGUUGAAGGUCCAGAUAGUAUAUAAAGGCAGCAUAAAAGUAAUUCAUAAAACUCCAGUGGUUUAAUCCGUGUCUUCUGAAGCGAUACAAUAGGUGUGGGUGAGAAACAGAUCAAUAUUUCAGUGAAGUGCUCCGGGUCCUAUGGCAAAAUGCUCAGGGAACCCUGAGAAAUUUUUUCAAAAAAUAUUAAAACUGUUGGAAUGCGGGGGGCCUGGGUAGCUCAGCGAGUAUUGAUGCUGACUACCACCCCUGGAGUCGUGAGUUCGAAUCCUGGGCUUGCUGAGUGACUCCAGCCAGGUCUCCUAAGCAACCAAAUUGGCCCGGUUGCUAGGGAGGGUACAGUUACAUGGGGUAACCUCCUUGUGGUUGCGAUUAGGGAUUCUCAAUGGGACACGUGGUAAGUUGUGCGUGGAUCACAGAGUGUAGCAUGAGCCUCCACAUGCUGUGAGUCUCCGCUGUGUCAUGCACAGUGAGUCACGUGAUAAAUUGUGUGGAUUGACGGUCUCAGAAGCAGAGGCAACUGAGUCUUGUCCUCCGCCACCCGGAUUGAGAUCUGGUCCUUUGGUGCUCUGUCACAGUUCACACCUUCAUUGAAGCCACUCCCACAACAAUUUACUAAUAAAUACUGUGAAUAUUCCCAUCAUCCUACAAGAGAAGUUCUUCAGACCAGCAGGAAGAACUGAAAUCUGUGUGAUAUACUAUGGUGAAGAUGGAGUUUGUUAAAGAAGAGAGAGAAGACAUGAGUUAUCCAGAAUCUUCCAGAAUAAAACAUGAAGAUACUGAGGAACAAAUAGAUCUGAUUGAAGUGAAAGAGGAGAGUCAAGAACUGAAUGAAGUGGAGGAGAAACAUCAUAACUUCAAAACAGAAGAAAAUGAUUUUAGCUGCUCACAAGAGAGAACUCAACAUACAGAAGCUGAAAACUCUAUCACCUGCCCUCAGUGUGGAAAGACUUUCAAAAGUAAAAACACCCUUAAGAUGCAUUUAAGAAUUCACACUGGAGAGAAACCUCACACAUGUCAGCAGUGUGGAAAGAGUUUUGCAUGGAAAUCACCUCUUAAUAGACACAUGAGAAUUCACAUGGGAGAGAAACCUCAAACAUGUCAGCAGUGUGGAAAGAGUUUCUCUGAUAAAAGGUAUCUCAAAUAUCAUGUUGGCUGUCACUCUGGUGAAAAGCCAUUUAACUGCAAUCAAUGUGGUAAACAUUUCGCGACGACCUCAUAUCUAAAAACACAUUUGAAAAUUCAUACAAAUGAGAAGCCUUAUGUGUGUUCUUUUUGUGGAAUGAGUUUUUUACGACUGCAACAUUUGAAAUGCCACCAGAAAAUACACGCUGGUGUUAGAGAUCAUAUAUGCUCUCAGUGUGAGAAGAGCUUCACUACAGCCAGCCAACUGAAAAUGCAUGAGAGAAUUCACACUGGAGAGAAACCUUACAAGUGCCAUGAGUGUGAAAAGGGUUUUGCAUGUAAAAGUAAUCUUAAAAGACACAUGAGAAGUCACACUGGAGAGAAACCUUUCACAUGUCGGCAGUGUGGAAAGCAUUUCUCGGAAAAAAGAAAUCUCAAAUAUCAUAUUCGCCUUCACUCUGGUGAAAGACCAUUCAACUGUGAUCAGUGCGGUAAACAUUUUACGACAAUGUCACUUCUAAAAAGACACCUGAAAAUUCAUACAAAUGAGAAGCCUUAAGGCGCAUUUAUAUUUCUGCGUCAAACCUACACCGUAGGCUCGUGGCUUGCAUUUAUAGUUCUGUGUUGGUGUUUCUGCGUCAUCCUGCGAGUUCACCGCAAAGUGCUAGUACACUCACUGAGCACUUUAUUAGGACCACUGUGGUCUUAAUAAAGUGCCCGACAUGGUCUUCUGCUGUUGUAGCCCAUUCGCCUCAAGGUUUGGCGUGUUGUACAUUCAGAGAUGAUAUUCUUCUCACCACAAUUGUACAGAGGGGUUAUCUGAGUUAGCGUAGACUUUGUCAGUUCGAACCAGUCUGGCCAUUCUCUGUUGAACUCUCUCAACAACAAGGCGUUUCCAUCCGCAGAACUGCCGCUCACUGGAUGUUUUUUUGUUUCUGGCACCUGUAUGGCAGGGUGGCAAGACAGAAGCCUCUUCUGAAAAAGUGCCUCGUUGGAGAAUUCUGAUGCCAUGUGGCAAAAGGUUUUAUGGUCAGAUGAGACAAAAAUGAACUUUUUGGAUUGAACUCCAAGCACUAUAUUUGGAGAAAACUAAACACAGCACAACACCCAGAACAUACCAUACCUACUUUGAAGCAUGAUGGUGGCAACAUUAUGUCGUGGGGGUGGGGGUUUGAUUAGGUUGUGUUUGGUGUUUCAAAUUUAAGAUGGUACGCGUAGUAAUACAAAUAAUGCAUGUGUGAUUUAUUCAGCCCAUGUCAUUGAAGUCUCACUCCAACCAGGAAGCCAAAGUUGGCAACCCUGCGUAAUACAUGAUUGUGUAUUAUUUGCCACUAUGGGUUUAUCUAUGGCAUUAAGGUGAUAGCCCAGUGUGUAACAGCAAGAGUGAUGUACUGCUGUGUUGUGAUGCGACACGGUUUAAUAAAAUCCCUUUCUUUAAUUAAUUACAUGCCCACUGUUGACAUGCAACGUGCAAUUUACAUUUAAGCAAAUGUAAGGGUCCCUUCUGAUUUUAUUUGAACUGAUUUGGGAAUGAGGGCUGAUACAAAUCAUUAUUACAAGUGCCCCAUCAACAUUAUUCAUUGCUAUUGGAUUUUUAUUUAUUUAUUUAUUUAUUUUUAAUUCUGUUUAAAAUAACCCAAACAUGCAAGACUAACAUUAAAAGAUGAAUUCUUUAUCAGACAAAAUAGCAGAUGGCAACAAUGUCUGAGGUAGGAUUGGUUUUUGAAGGUUUUAAGGCGGGGCAUAGCAAAGAGGCAAUCUGCAUACGCAUUUUUGAUAUCUGUAAAGAUAUUUUCUUUAUUCAAGAUAUCUCUAUUAAAAUUAUUUCCAGUCAGAAUGCUAAUUACACAUAUCUCCAAAGAAAGAUCUUCCUGGUCAGUAAUCAAAUUGAGAUUUUCAUUAAGUACAUAAUAGAUAUCCGCAAAUGAUAUUUGACUAGUAAUAAUUCAAAUUCAGGAUAUCUGCUAUUAAAUAUUGACUAGUUAUAGAUGUAAAUCAAGAUAUCUACAGUGGCAUUUUGACUAGUGAUAUCUUAGUUUCAAAAAUGCAUUUUGGAUAUCUUUAAUGAAAAGGAAUUAAAGAUAUCUUAGAUUUGAAUCAUGGCCCAGUUUUGUAAUGAGAUUUUGUUGUUGUUGUUGUUGUUGUUGUUGUGAUGUUUAGAGACAAAAAGACUGCUGUGGUUUGUAAGCUCUUCCGCUGUUACAGAGUGGAUGAAAAUAUGUUACUGGAAAUAAAGUCAUUUAUGUA